UCCAGAUGGCUGAUCCUUUCCUAUAUAAUACCGGGGAAAGAUCUGGAUAUGGGUGCCUUGGACAUGAAGUGCAAAUUGAGCAUAUCAAGGCAUAUGUUUGCAGACCAUCUUAUUUCACAGACAAAGCCGUGAUUGUUAUUCAUGAUAUAUUUGGAUGGAUGUUCCCAGACAUUAGAUAUAUAGUUGAUUUAAUUGCAGGUCAUGGAUACAUAACCAUCUGCCCAGACUUCUUCAAAGGGAAGGAUCCCUGGAAAACUACUGAUCACUGGCAUGACUUUGCUGACUGGAUGAAAGAACGUGACCCUAUGAAAGUAGACAGGGAAGCUGAUGUUGUCUUGAAGUAUCUAAAGGAACAGUGCGAUGCAAAGAAGAUUGGUAUCGUUGGGUUUUCCUGGGGUGGAAUGGCAGUACAUCACUUGAUGCUGAAAAAUCCUCAAUUAUCCGCUGGGGUGUCCCUCUAUGGAAUAAUUAGGGACUCAGAAGAAAGAUACAACUUACUAAAUCCCACAUUUUUUAUAUUUGGUGAGAAAGACCACACUAUUUCUUAUGACCAGAUUACCUUACUGGAUGAGAAGUUGAAACAGUACUGUAAAGUUCCGUAUAAAAUUAAAGUUUAUCCUGGACAGGUUCAUGGGUUUGCACAACUGAAGCCAGAAGACAUGAAACCUGUUGAUAAACCUUACAUUGAAGAAGCUAGAAAGGAUAUGAUUGAUUGGAUCAAGACAUUUAUUUGACAAAAGCAUGAAGGCAUCAAAAUCAGAGUUCAAUUAAUUAAAUUUUAGAGAAGAAAACAGUCAAGAGGAAGACGGAUAGAAACAAAGAAUAGGAACAGUUUAGUUUACACUAAUUUAUUUUUUGCAAGGCUUACAGAGGAUUGUGAACUCAAAGUUGGAGUGAAGGGCCAUUAAGCAUUAAAGCAUUGCUUGAGUUUAUCUUGAUUUGUAUUUGUUUCAUUAUUCUGCAUUAUGACAUCAACAGUAAUGAAACUGUUUUGCCAUUCAUAUGUCCUAAUGGGUAUGACCUUUCAUCCUGACAUUAGCUGAGAACUUUCAGGUUUUGUUUUGGUAUGAGGAUUGUUCGUUGCAGGUAUUAGCAUGGAACCGCUCUGAUUUUGCAUGAAGAAUGUUUUUAUUACCUACAAUGCAUUUGUCUCAGAUAUACUGCUGUACUGAGCAAAAUUCCCGUGCAUGAGACGAGCAGUUGUCUGUGUUGAGGAGUUAGGAGGGAAUGAUGCUGUUCAGCAAUCUCCAGGUAUUCCAUUACCAAUGUUAAGAAGAGCACUUCUGGUAUUGCUUCAUCAACAUCAAGAAAAAGCAUAAACAGCCCCUCCUGACUGUGGAAGUAAGUCAGGCAUGAGCACUGUGGAAACGAACUGCAGUGAUCAGGCACAGGGCUGACCAACAGGUAAAUCAAGUAAACCAAGUAAAACAAACAAACAACUAUGAACAAUAAUUAACAUUCCUGUUAACUUUUACUGCACUGCCUCCAGUUCUGCUGACCAGAUGACCUUUUUUUUUUUUGGUAUUUUGAACUUAGUUGCCUUGGCAAUAACUUGGUAUUUUGUGCCUACUCAGAGAUCCUCAGAGUCUUCAUCUCUUCUUAUUUUCUACAUCUGCCAGUUUCUUACAUGAUUACCUUAACAAUGUGUGAAUAAAUCAAGGCCACCAUCUGCAUGGAUAUUACUUUCCCUUUGACAGCAAGAAGGUUUGGCAGUUUCACACAUUGCUGUGCUCUUGACCUAACUAUGCAGCGAGCCAUUUAUCUGCAUACUUCAACAGGCUGAAUGUGUUAGACAAUAUUGCCGCAAGGCGAAAAGGUGUGAAGUCACAGAUGCUAUAAGCGGGAUGUAGCUCAGCCACUGGGUCAGUCAGUACCCUUGCUUUUCUGUCUGCUGUCAGCGUGUCCAUUUUGCAUUUUGGGCAGCUGUUUCUCGGCCCAGACACAAAUCCCUAGCAUGGGAAAGACCCGAUGCUGAUGGCUACGGGAGCUGGCUUUCCAGCGCCGCUUUGUAAGCAUGGUGCCUGCCACAGCCAUGCUUACACCAGGAAACGUCCACAAGAUGGGGCCCCUCUCCGUGGUUGUCAUCAAGGAGUCCUAGGGGAGGCUUGGCUCAGGUUGCGGUAGUGAACACUCAGAACGGCCCCGUCAAACACUGCAGUAAUGGUGUGCUGCUCUCACAGGCAACCUGGCUUC